GCCCUCGGGUCCGUCCCGGGGGCCCUGGCGACGAUGCAGUUCAUCAAUCCGCCGCUGUUCUCCGGGCCGGUGCCGGCCAGCAAAAACCAGGUCCUCGUCAUCAGCAGCACGCUCAACAUCAAGUGGACGGACCCGCCGCCAGACAAGAAGCUGUCCGUGGUGCUCUAUCAGCUCAGCGCGAGCCAGGCCGCCGCCUUCAGCGGCUCGUUUGGGGAUGCCGACAGGACCUUUGAGUUUAUCACCCGUACGGCCUCUUCCCCCUCCCCCUUCCGCGCCUCGCUCCUCCGCUGCGCGUGUGCCCCCCCCGCCUGACCGCCCCUCACAGACGACCAAGUCAACGCGACGUCCUUCCCAUGGACCGUCGCGACCAACAAGGACCUCUCGUACUCGCCCUUGUUCUCCAUCGCCGUCUGGGCCGAGGGCGCCACGGUCACCGACUCGGCGACCGGCAUCCUGAACAUCACCCGACCCGAGACGAGCACGACGACCUCGGCCUCGUCAGCAUCCACUUCCACAACUGCUUCCGCAUCCUCAACAUCCUCCUCCCCACCCACCACCACCACCUCCCCCAGCAAAUCAGCAACAACCACCCCGACCGACAGCGCCGAAUCCUCCUCCCCGGACACCGCCACGGCCCAACCCCCCUCCUCACCAGCCCUCUCAACAGGCGGCGCCAUCGGCGUCGGCAUCGGCGUCGCCUUCGCCGUGGUCGCGCUGCUCGCCCUCGGCUGGUGCGCCGGCCGCCGCCU